GCGUUUGAGGCCGGUUUUUUUGUGGAGGGCACCCACGGCCUGCGCUCUGCCCGUGGCACCUGCUCUCCGGGUGUUGGGCAGAGGCCUUCGCGGCCGGCCCCGCCGCUCCUGCACCGGGAGCAGCUUUUGGGCGCAGGAGGCACGCGCUGUGCGCUGUACCUGUUCUGGCGUUCGCCGAUGGGAGUGAGCCAGUGCGAGCUGCCCUCGCUGCGGCGCUGCCCCUUGGCGCCGCGCCCCCCGCCUUUGCGCGAGCUGGGCGGCGUCCCGCAGCUGCCAGUGAGGUACGACAUUCCCGAGCAUCGGACGUUCGUCGAGUUCGGCUCCGACGAGCAGAUGGGCCACCCCAGCGGCCGGUCGGGCUGGGUUGUCUUCAAGCGCCCUUCCAUCCAGGCGAGCCGCGCCAGGUUUGCGCAUCCCGACAGGAAGCAGAGGGAUGUGAUUGCCUUCAAGGGUUUCAGAUGUGUCAUUCACUCGGUGGCGGCACUGGAGCUGGAGGUCGACGAACAGAUGCUUAAUGUGCAGAACAAGAACUCUUCAUACUUUGUGGAGUGGAUUCCCAACAACAUCAAGGCUUCCGUGUGCGACAUCCCCCCAAAGGGCCUCAAGAUGGCAGUUGCCUUCGCGGGUAAUUCAACAGCAAUUCAGGAAAUGUUCAAACGUGUUGCUGAGUACUUCACAGCGAUGUUCCGGCGCAAGGCGUUCCUGCACUGGUAUACCGGUGAGGGCAUGGACGAGAUGGAGUUCACCGAGGCGGAGAGCAACAUGAACGACCUUGUCUCGGAGUACCAGCAGUACCAG